AUGGUCGGCAAGGUGUCAGAGAGGGUCCUCCUCCGUGAAGGGCUUGAGAGGACUGACAAUGGCAUGAAGCUCACGACAUGGCCGGAUGUCACGCCGAUCAACCAGAAGAACUACUAUACAGAUUACAUGAAGCGCGAUGACCAGAUCCUCGCCCUCCGCCUCCAAAACGACGCCACACGCGACCGCCUCGUCCAGAACGCGAGAGACCGCGAUCGGAUCCUGUCGAAGCCCGCUAAUGGCGAGCUGCCCCUGCCCGUUCCCGACCUCGCCGAGGAAGACGGCGCCGCGACCCCGUCCGGCGGCGUCGACCCGUCCCGCAUCAUCGUCAUCCACCCCGGCAGCCAGAACCUCCGCAUCGGCUUCGCGAGCGACGCCCUGCCCAAGACGAUCCCGACGACACUCGCCACGAAAUUCCCCCAGACCGAGUCCGAGAUGUACGAAGCGCUGCCCCGCCGACAGUUCGAAGCCAAGACCGCCGACCAGCAGUAUGGCGAGGAGUGGUCCAAAAAGUACCAGAAGAUGUGCAGCGAACUCAAGGUCGAAAUGCGGGCCAACAAGCGCAAGGUGCUCCCAAACUCCAAGGAGUUGGUCCAGACCUUUAAUCGCCGCACCGAAGCCGAAGUCAUCGAGAAGCACAACGACCCCCUCGAGAUUGAGUGGACCGACGUCAAGACGCUCGAGGACCCCGACUCCCUCGCCUCUUGUUUCAUCGGAAACGAAGCUCUCCGGGUUCCCGACGACUCGGACCCCAAGUUCAAGCUGUGGUGGCCGAUACGCCAAGGGUGGUGGAACGAGGACGACUACACGAGCCAGGAGCAUCUGUACGACGACUUCGAGACGCUGUUAGACAAGGCACUUCGCCAGGAGCUCGGCCUGAAGACCAACAGCGAGUGGCAGCAGUACAGCUGCGUUUUCGUCAUCCCGGAUCUCUAUGACAAGCGCUAUGUCGAGCAGGUAUUGCGGUCCUGCAUGACCUGGUUCGAGUUCAACCGCGUCUGUUUUGUCCAGGAGAGUCUGGCUGCCACCUUUGGCGCCGGCUACACCCAGGCCUGCGUCGUUGAUGUCGGAGCGCAAAAGACGUCGGUGACGUGUGUGGAAGACGGCCUCAUCCUGGAGGACUCGAGGAUCAACCUCAAGUACGGAGGUUACGAUAUGACCGAAACCUUUGUCAAAAUGUUGCUCUUCGACAACUUCCCGUAUCAGGAGAUCAACCUGCAGCGCCGCUACGACUUCCUGCUCGCCGAGGAGCUCAAGAUAAAGCACUGCACCAUGUCGCAGGCAGACAUAUCGGUUCAGCUAUUCCAGUUCCACGUCCGAGCUCCAAACCAGCCUACCCGCAAAUUUGCCUUCAAGACUUACGACGAAGUCAUUCUUGCCCCUAUGGGUGUCUUUGAGCCCUCCAUAUUCGACAACAGCACGAAGCUGAGAGGCCGACGGAAGCUGGUCGAGCGCUCCUACAAUGCCUACGACGUGGACAUCCCGGACGAUCCGACCCCUGCGGCCCAGUUGGCUAUCUUGGCCCUUGUCAAGCCGUCACUCACGCCAACCGCCAUCAACGGGCCCUCGCAGUCGCAACAGGACGUAUCGACGCCUAGUAAGGAAAGGCCUCAGUUCAACUUCCUCGCCAAAGGGGACGGCGCCACUGCAACCCCGGCGGAGUCGCACGCUGGUUCGCCGGCACCGGAGGGCAGCAGUACGCCUGUUCCCCCAACGUUUGUCUUUGGAGCUGGCAGGGAUGGAGUCAAUGGCGAGAGCCCGGCUCCCAGCGGAACGCGGGCUGCCGGGACGCCCGUCCCAUCGCAGUCCCAAGCUCCGCCGGGCAUGUUUGUCGACUCGCAAGAGCGCAGCCCCACCUCCGUCGCUGUAGAGCGCGACUCUGUCCUCCCCGUGGCGCCGCUGGACAUUGCGAUCCUGACCAGCAUUCAAAACGCCGCUAAGGGCGACGACAAGAAGCUGCGGGACUUCCUCGGCAGCAUCAUGGUGAUUGGCGGAGGAUCCAAGGUUCCCCAAUUCACCGUGGUGCUGGAGGAGAAGCUCAAGGCCCGAAGGCCCGACCUGAUCGACAGAAUCCUGGUGAGCCGGAGCGCCAGGGACAUGGACGAGCAGGUGGUAUCGUGGAAGGGAGCGAGCGUUUUCGCAAAGCUUUCAACGAACGACUCGUGGAUCUCGCCGUUCGAGUACGAGCGGCUGGGCGCGAGAACUCUGCACCACAAGGUGCUCUGGGCUUGGUAG